ACAGAGAAUACAUCAAAAUGGCCACCCGUAAGAAAUCUUUGCUGAAAGUCAUCAUACUGGGCGACAGCAGUGUGGGCAAGACCUCACUCAUGAAUCAGUAUGUGAACAAACGCUUCUCUAACCAAUACAAAGCAACGAUCGGCGCCGACUUCUGCACGAAAGAGGUGGUUGUCAACGACCGUGUGGUCACAAUGCAGAUUUGGGAUACAGCUGGUCAGGAACGCUUCCAGUCACUCGGCGUGGCUUUCUAUCGCGGCGCUGACUGCUGUGUGCUCGUUUACGAUGUGACGGCGCCUAACUCAUUCAAGAAUCUCGACUCCUGGCGCGACGAGUUCUUAAUACAGGCCAGUCCACGUGAUCCCGAGCAUUUCCCCUUUGUUGUGCUAGGCAACAAAGUGGACUUGGAUAACCGCCAAGUGUCCACGCGCCGGGCACAACAAUGGUGUCAAUCCAAAAACGAUAUACCCUACUAUGAAACCUCAGCCAAGGAGGGCAUCAACGUGGAGAUGGCGUUUCAGACUAUUGCCAAGAAUGCGUUGGAGCAGGAGGCAGAGGCUGAAGUUAUCAACGAUUUCCCCGAUCAGAUCAUCUUGAAUUCUCAAAAUAAUCGUCCAGGAAACCCUGACAACUGUCAGUGCUAAUGUAACAACAACAACAACGCAACGUGGAUAAUUACAAAAUCUAUGUUAUAAAAUAAUAUUUGCAACAUAAUUAUGAACAUGAAAAGCAAACACACACGGAGGACGAGACGACAGAAAGUGUUCUAUGAUUAAGUAAAACAAUUUCAGCAAACAGCAUAGUAAUUAAUUAUUUGUUAGGACGACAAGUUCAGAAGUUCAGAUCAACAUCAGCAGACUCGUUUUAUGGGCCCCUGGCAAUGGCCCCUCCCUCUUCAAAUACCUAACCCUGACUCUACUACCUACAAUCUAAGUAAACGUUCAAUAAAUAGGUAUGCUCUGUGUACUCGUAUCUACAUAACAUAUUCAUAUGCAGGUGUCCUCCGCUCCUAGUACUAUUUUUGCCAUUUAAUUAGUAAAAUUUGUAUGCACGCAGCAGCUGCUGGGCUUUGCAACAGGCACCAUUGAGAAUACAAUAACAAAGUAUCUUCGAAGCAAAUAACAAAAUCUUGUGAUUGUAAAUUUAAUAAAAUGAAACAUUUUUUAUUGUAUCUAUUCUA